GAAGUGGAAGAUGAGCAGCAUGUCCCCCGAGGUGGCCUUGAACCGCAUCUCCCCCGAACUGCGCCCCCUGCUGUCCAGCGUGGUCCGCAACGGCCGCGUGGGUCUGGACUCCACAAACUGCCUGCGCAUCACGGACCUCAAGACCGGGUGCACCUCCUUGACCCCUGGGCCCUGCUGCGAUCGCUUCAAGCUGCACAUCCCAUACGCGGGGGAGACUCUCAAAUGGGACAUCAUCUUUAACGCUCGCGAUCCCGAGCUGCCCCCGGACUUCAUCUUCGGGGAAGAUGCGGAGUUUCUUCCGGAACCUUCCGAGCUCCCGCACCUGGUGAGCUGGGACGCUGCGGACCCGGAGUGCCUGCUGCAGCUGGUGAAGGAGCUGAUCCAGCAGUACCACCUGUACCAGUGCCAGCGGCUGCGGGAGAGCUCCCGCCUGCUCUUCGAGUACGACAGCCUGCUGGAGGACCCCGAGUACGGCCGCAGCAUGGAGAUCUACGCCGGCCGCAAGAACAGCUGGACGGGGGAGUUCUCUGCUCGUUUCCUGCUCAAGCUCCCUGUCGACUUCAGCAACAUCCCAGUGUAUCUGCUUAAGGACACAGCCUUGGACCCGGGGGAGGACGUGGCCCUUCUGUCCGUCAGCUUUGAGGAUGCGGAGGCCACCCAGGUGUUCCCCAAACUCUACCUGUCCCCCAGCAUCGAGCACGCUUUGGGAGGAGCCUCCGCACUGCAUAUCCCAGCAUUCCCGAGCGGGGGCUGCCUCAUCGACUACGUCCCCCAGGUUUGCCAACUGCUGACCAACAAGGUACAGUAUGUUAUCCAGGGCUACCAUAAGAGAAGAGAGUACAUCGCUGCCUUUCUUAGCCAUUUUGGCAUGUGAGUCUGUUCCCCCACACGUGUGUGUUUCUCUCAGAUGAAUCCGAGGCUGUGUUGGUGCGAUUUUGGAGGUGACCUCUGACCCCUGUGUCCCCCCCCCCGCCCCCCUGCAGUGGACCUCCCCCUGUACUUCCCGCGGGACCAGCCCACGCUCACCUUCCAGUCUGUGUACCACUUCACCAGCAGCGGGCAGCUGUACUCGCAGGUGCAGCGCUCCUACCCCUACAGCCCGCGAUGGGACGGCAACGAGAUGGCCAAGAGAGCCAAAGCCUAUUUCCGGAGUUUCGUGCCUCAGUUCCAGGAGGGCGCCUUCGCCAACGGGAAGCUCUAGGCCGCGGCAGACGGGAUGACAUCGCCGCGUGAGUCACGGGCGCCAGGGAGAACACGCGUGUGCACGGAGAACACGGGACACUUUUUCAGCGGUGGCGGAGUCAUCGCGUCCGCGUCGAACGCGUUUUUAAUUAUCGUUGGUGUUUUUUUUCGGUUUUUUGUUUUAGUUUAUUUUUUGUUUGUUUUUGUACUUUGUCUUGUUUAUUUGAGGAUCGCCCCCUGCUCUGUAAGGUGCCGCCCCGUGUAGUCUGUGAACGGGUGCGUGCUGCGUGAUGUCGAACCCGUGCCUAAAUCCUCCUGGUAGGAGCGGUGCCAGGGGGUUAGGCGGGGCGGCGCUGGGUGGCGUCAGGGUGUACCUGGGCGGGGCUGGACAGUGCAGUACAGGUGUAACGGGCGUGUGGAUUCAGGUCAGGAGACGGUGGGGCGAUCGGUGCAGUCCUCCUGUACAGAACAAUGGGCUGCUGAGCGCGGGGUGGAAUGUGCUCUUUGUGUAAACGGUUCUGUCGAAGGUCUUUAGGAUGAACCAGGCGACGCGCCUGAGAACCACCUCUGAUGUUUCUCUUGUUUGCUGUGCGUUCGGGGAAAAAAAAAAAGCCUUGUGCCAUUAAAGUCAAAGUUAUGAAUGGAAA